UCCGCUGUGGAUGGGUGGGUCGGUGGGCCUUCAGUUUUCUUUCCCUCAACAUUCAACAAUAUUUAUUUACCAUUAACCCACGCAUCAAUGAAUAGACUAGUAUGAAAAAAUAGAACCCAUGUGAAGAAAUAGAAGAUAAAAAAUCAUAAUUUUUUUUUCUAUAAUUUAUAUCCGAUAGUGAGUUCUAACAGAGUGUUUGAUUCAGUGAGAACAACAUGGCGACAAUUAUCAAAUCUUUAAUAAGAUUGUAUCACUACAUCAAUGAUGAAGUUUCGGAUCCCAGAACGAAAGACUGGUUCCUGAUAACGACACCCUGGCCUGGGCUCGCUAUUCUCGGAUUUUACCUAUAUUUUGUGUUCACCCUCGGGCCAAGACUUAUGGCCAACAGAAAACCAUUCAACUUAGACAGAAUAUUACAUGUGUACAAUGUCGUGCAGAUUUUUGCUAGCGCCUACCUCGUCUACCGGGCUUUAACGUUAGCAUGGCUGAAAAAAUACAGUUUUGUUUGUGAACCCGUCGAUUACUCGGACAAUCCGGACGCAAUAGCGAUAGCAGCAUCAGUAUGGUUAUACUUCCUGUUAAAAAUAGUAGAUCUACUCGAUACAGUGUUCUUUGUUCUUAGAAAGAAACAAAAUCAAGUGUCAUUCCUUCACGUUUAUCAUCACACGGGUAUGGUAAUGGGUGCCUGGGGUGGUGUCAAGUAUCUACCAGGCGGCCAUGUCACAUUCUUAGGUUUGAUAAAUUCCUUUGUCCAUGUAAUCAUGUACAGUCAUUAUUUGGCAACAUCGUUGAAGCUUGGCAAGCCAUGGUGGAAGAAAUACAUAACGCAAAUGCAACUAGUACAAUUUUUUCUCAUUCUACUGCAUUUUUCACAAUUGAUAUGGGCCGAUGAUUGUGGCUUUCCACUGUGGCCAGCUGCCAUAUUCAUACCCCAGAAUCUCUUCAUGAUUGUUUUGUUCGGUGAUUUUUACUACAAGACUUAUAUCAAGAAGCCUGAAAAUGUUGGGCAGAAUGGGAUCAGCAAGGAAAUUGCAAAUGGUAAAACGAAGAGCCAAUAAACAUCAUCACUCGAUGGUGAUAUAGAACUGUAAAUUAGGUUUACAUAUUAAUUAUCAUUUAAUUCAUCAUCUCAAUUCUAAAUUUUCAAUUGGUUUGUAUUGUGAAUUAUCGGAAACUCAAUUUUUUGACAAUUUCAUACCAUCAACUGCUCAUGAUACACUACGUCAAACGCAUAAUACAUAGAAUCGAAACAAAUUACUAUAAAUAAACGAAUAAUCUAUUUCUGA